AAUACUAACGGAGCACUACGACUUUUUAAAAAGGGCGUCACCACUUCCCAUAAUUGGCCCCACUCACAACGAGAAGUUAUCAGUUAAAACAGGAAGGCUGUGCAUCAAAUUCAGACAUACAGCACUCAGGAUGAAAACAGACUGAAAGAAAACACCAAGCAGAAAACAGAAGUAGCUGAAGUGUAAAUAUGAAUUCUUUUCCUCCCAUCUCUGAGAUUCCUCCAGAAUUGACUGUCAUCUGUGCAAGACAUGUGUGUCUCUGCACACAAACCAGAAGAACCAGCUUUUACCAACCACACACCUGAGAGAAUAAGCACAGUGCGCACUGGAUCUGGGAUGCCUGGUCAUGUUGAAGUGCAGAAAUGGAAAACAUCACAACGAACGGGAAUAUUACCACAGAUCACAACAACGAUUUCUAUGCUGCAAUAAUGGAUGAAGAUGUUGGACGUAUCGAAGAGUUGUCAAAGACGUAUGGUAGUAACUACUUCAUCGAAAUACAUAGCAUUUCAAAACGAAAAAUUUUCUUGAAGGGCAUUAGUAUGUAUCCCCUUCAUCUCGCAGCCACUUACAGAAGAGUGAAGAGCAUGAAGAGUCUGCUGUUAGCAGGAGCAGACCCUGAAAUAAGGGACAACCUCGGCAGAACAACGCUACACUUGGUGGUCGACAGCUGGCCUAGAAUGAUGGUUUGUCGUCAUACUGAGUGCACCAAGUUCCAUAUUGUUUGCAUGACUGCACAUAGCCAAGCAGAGGCUUGUCUGCGGCUUCUCUGCGAGCACGGUGUCAACAUCAAUGCUGAGGUGAAGGGAGCGACUCAUCAGACCGCUCUUCAUCUAUCAGCAUGGUCUGCAGCUCUGUCAGCUGUCCGAAUUCUGACCAGCUAUGGUGCCAAUGUUAACGCUGUGGACAGGAUGGGAAUGGUGCCCCUGCAUUCCGCCUCAGGGACGCUCCAUAAGGACAUUAUCAUUAACUUGAUCAAGCACGGAGCAGAUAUCAACAUGCAGGUGGAGCAGUCUGGAAACACUCCUCUACACUUGGCUGGAGUAGGUUUGGCUAUAAAGUCCACUCAACCCCUAGAAGAUGGUAUUAGCUGCAUUACUGAGCUUCUGGAGCACGGAGCCGACCCCAACAUCAUGAACACGGCUGGCAUGACACCUUUACAUGAGGCAUGUAUCAUGGGAAACAGUGAGCUGGUUGACUUGUUGUUGAGUUAUGGAGCCAAUGUCAAUAAGCUGAGCGAAGCCGGAGAGAACUGUCUUUUCAUGUUACUGAACAACAGCGCUAAGGUGAAGGAGAGCUCCCUGCUGAGCAAACUUCUGGGCCUGACUUCACCGCUCACUGUCUACAACCAAAAUGGCCAACUGCCCUCAACCUUGACCCUGCCAUGUUUCUCCAAGCAGAGAGAUCAGCUACUGAAAAUCACUCAGCAGCCAAGACGACUUCAGGACAUUUGCAAGCGUGUUAUAUAUCUACACAAUGUCCGAGAAAAAAGAGAAGAGUUGAGAAAAAUCCUGCCAGGGAGUAUGUAUGAAUUUAUCUUUAACUACUGGGACAUCAUAUAAAACAUAUCCUUUGUGUCACAUGAUGCAAGGGAUCGUAUCAGUGUUACUCCUAGUUGACAUCCAUGUAGUAUAUUAAACUGUGUUAUUAUAGAAAUACGUCAAAUAUUUCAAAUAUACUUUAUAUAUCAAAAUAACACUAAUCACCUUUAGG